AGACUACUUUCUUUGACUUGUCUUCCCAAAUCGGUUGUCCAAAUGGGAAAGCUCCCCGUCCAACGAACCAAGGCUCGCAACAUGGCACAAACCCCAGCAGGCCUCAUUACGAUCGAGUCGGCCCAGGCGCAGUCCGAGAGCGAUGAGCAGCAGCAGCUGGAGACGCACUCCUCACAUGUGGACGAGAAUCCCGCACUCUUGCUGGACGGGACUGCAGGCGACGCCGCCGCCGCCGCCGCGAGCAGCAGCAGCAGCAGCAGUGCGCUCGGAUCCAGCAUUCUCAGCGUGCCCGGCGCCAUUGCAGGCCGCGUAUCGGUGCCCACGGACCAGGAGGGCUUGUUUGACGACAGCCAUGUGGACGCGUUCGGCGCGCCAAUCGUGUCCAACGCUGGCUCGUCGGCCGCCGCAGCCAUCUCCGCCGCCAUGCAUGCAUCGGGAGCGCAGGCCGCACUGAGCGACCUCGAAUCGGCGGGCGCCCGCGACGGAACUGCGCGGGGGACGCCAAAGGGCAUCACCGACUUGCUUGCCCUGCUUACGAGCUCAGAGCCCAGCGAGCGUGAGUAUGCAUGCGGCGGAGUUGCCCAUCUGGUGCUCGACGCCGCUGAAGCGCUCCCAGCAAUUGUUCGUCUCAACGGCGUUCCUGCCAUUCUGGCGUGCUUCCAUGACCCCGAGCUUGCCGUUCGUCUUGAAGCAGCUGGUGCUGUCCGCAAUAUCUGCCUGGUGAGUGGGCCCGAUGGUUGCCAAACUCUUGUGGGCAUGGGCCUUGUCCCGCUCGUGAUGGAAGCUAUAGCCGCUGCGAGUCAACUCAUGGUCUCCAACGCGCAAACAGCUGCGCUGGUGGCAAGUGCUGCUCCCUCUGAAGACCAGGCCGAGCAAGCGCGGGAAACGCAAAUGAUUGCAGAGCAGGUGGCAGAGCAUCUCGAACACCUCAUCAACAUUCUUCUGCAGAUGUGCGAAAAUUCUGAAGCCGCCGUUGCGCUGUUCCAUGAAUCUCAACUCAUCACUUUGCUCGUACAGCUGGUGGGGACGUUCCAAACAGUUCCAAUGACCCUUGCGCUGGUGGCAGCUCAAUGCGUGCAAACGGUGACGGACGACAGCGCGACCGCGCUCACUGCUUUCAGUUACAACGCCUCGCUUACUCGCACUCUUGACGAUACACUCACCGUAUUGUUGACGUCUGCUGACGCGAAUGCUCAAGUCUUGACUGGUGUUCAGUCCCAAUUUAUGGUGGUUGUCGCUGGCGCCCUGCAAAACGUCCACACUGCCUGGCCUGCCGAGCAGUACGCAGCAAUUCAAGCCCAUGUGCUUCAUGCGCUUCAGUACGCCUUGUCCAAGGAUGUUAUUGCUGCUGUCACUGGUCUUGUGUCUCAACUGAGCUCGAUUGAAGCGGCUGCCAACACCCCGCACCGUUUUGCCAACGCACAAUCGCCUACAGUUGCUGUUGAAGCGUCGCUCAGCUCGGUCCAGAUGGCCCUGGAGGUGCUCACCAACCUUUGCUCCGUCGAUGGCUCGGAGGAUGGUACCUGGGAGGAUGUCGCUGAAGACGCCCCAGGCGAUGUCGAUGAAGAAGUUGAGCUGACGGCCGAGCAAAUCGAACAAGCAAGCGCCGGAGAGCAACAACAGCAGUUGCCCGAGGCGUUGCUUGCCGCGCUAUAUUCGCAUGGCAUCCCUCAACGAAUUGUUACUCUCGCCUCCACUGUGCCUGCCUCGCUGUUUCAGCUAAUGUGGUCGCAUCGCAUCGGUCGCACUCUGAUGGACCGACUGGCGACAGUGCAAUCCCGCGCCUUGUCUUUCCUGAGCAAUUUGAUCUCCUUCUCCAGCAUCGAGUACACUACUCAGAGUCUUGGCAUUCCCACCAUUGGCACUUUGUGGCAGCAGCUGCUGGUUGAGCGGGCAAAUAUUGCAUCCAAGACUGGCUACGGACUGGAAGAGCUCCACGACUCCAUUACGGCAGCACUUUGGGCUGUUGUUCGUCGAGUAAAGCAAAGCUGUCCUACUGCUCCAUUGGAGACGACUCCCGCUCAAAUCCACGAGCUCUACACAUUCGGACGUGCCAGCGAAAACGAAGCGGUGCGAAUUAACGUCGUUGGUAUUGUGGGUGUGCUGGCCCAGUUAUUCGAGCAGGCCGCGAUGCUUGGCGAUAUUGCGCUGGGUCUGUUAGCAGUUGUGACGGAAGACGCAAGUUUAGUGGUUGUGGCCGAAGCGUUGGAUGUGAUUUUCGACGCCUUCGCCGAGCCGGAAGUCAACCAAGCCAUCUCUCAUGCAAACCUUGUUGCCACUUUGCAGCAAAUUGCCCCGGUGUUUAAGCAACGAAUCCGUGCCGAGCGCCGAAGCCUGCCUUCCGAUGCCGUUGGUCGUCUGUCUGAUGUUCAGCUCAACUUGUCACGUUUCAUCAAGUACAAGCAAGCCCAGGCGUAAAGAACGGUCAAAAGUCUGUUCAGAUGUUUGCUUUUUCGUGAUUCAUGUCACAACAAUAUAUUUUUUCUCUCUC